AUGGCUUCCGAGACGUCACCAAAGGUGGAGCGCACGACCAUCGCGGGGUCGAUCGAGAUACCCCGCAUCCUCAACGGCCUCUGGCAACUUGCCGGCGGCCACGAUCGGGACAUUGACGUCGCCAUCGCCGCGGAGGGCAUGGCGCCGCUAAUCGACGCCGGUCUGGAUGGCUUCGACAUGGCAGACCACUACGGUCCCGCGGAGCUAGUCAUAGGCCAACACAACCGCACAUCAGACCGCCCCAUCACGGCCUUCACCAAGUGGUGUCCCCCAGAAAACGGAGACAAGUCGUUCGAGAACGCCGAGGUGGCCGUCAACCUCGCGCUGAAGCGCAUGAACCAGACGCAGAUCGCCCUCAUGCAGUACCACGUCUGGGACUACACGGACGACACGUAUCUCUGCAACCUCGCGCAUCUGAGGACGCUCCAGCAACAGGGCAAGAUCGCGCACAUUGGCCUGACCAACGUCGACGCCGCGCACCUGGAGCUCCUGAUCCACUCGGGCCACGACAUCGCGACGAACCAGGUGUCGUGCUCCGUCAUCGACCUCCGGCUGGUGCGCGGCCGCAUGUUUAGCGUCUGCGAGAAGCACGGCGUCGGCAUCUUGACGUACGGCACGCUGCUCGGCGGGUUCCUGAGCGAGAAGUGGGUUGACGUGCCGGAGCCCAGGGAUGUGAGGGGCCUCAACUGGAGUCUGCAAAAGUACCUACGUUUCAUCCGAGCCGCGGGCGGCUGGGCCGCUUUCCAGCACGUUCUCAAGGCCGUGGCGACGGUCGCGAGGAAGCAUGGCGUGUCGAUUGCUGCGGUCGCGAUGCGGUGGGUGCUGGAUAUCCCCGUCGUCAAGGCCGUCAUCAUCGGCGCGAGGUUGACCAAGGAGAGCGGGGUGUACGCGGCUAGCAAGCUUGCCGUGUUCGGGUUCUCGCUCGACGACGAUGACCGCGCUUUGAUCGCCAAGGCGCAGGAGAUGCUCAAGGAUUUGCCUGGUGAUUGUGGGGAUGAGUACCGGCGGCCGCCUUUCCUGACGGCGGCAGGGGAUUUGAGCGACCAUAUCAAGGAGAGCGAUGAGAUGCGCGAGGUUGAGGAUGCGAUUGCGGCUGGGAAGAGGGUGGAAUAUCACUCUGGCAGUAAGUGGGAGCCGAUUUGCGGGUAUUCGAGAGCUGUGAGGACUGGAAGAGUUAUUCGUGUGUCUGGGACCACGGCGAACCCGCCGCCGCAGCUGGCGGGACAACUUGAGGUUGUUGGGGGUAAGUCUGCUCGGUCUCAGGCCGUGGCGGCGCUGGAUAUUAUUGAGAGAGCCAUCAGGCGGCUUGGUGGCACCAUGUCGGAUGUCGUCAGGACCAGGGUGAUGUUACAACGGGAGGAGGACGUUGACGAGGUGUCUGAGGCUCAUGGUUGGGUUUUUAAUUGUCAUGGAAUAUGGCCGGCUAAUACUCUGACUACAGCUGGGCUUAUUGGGGAUGAGAUAUUGGUUGAGAUUGAAGUUGAGGCUGAAGUUGGCAGCGGUAAUUCGAUUCUGGCAAUAUCAUAG